AUGAGUAAUAGAAUUAAGCACACUAAAUUUGUCAUUCAACGUUUGGAAGAUGCCAAAAGGAAAAGAACCAUAGGAUUAUGUAUUGCAAUAGGUUCAGCUAUUAUUUUAGAAACUAUUUACGAGUGGGCACAGUGCCCACCAAUUCCAAAAAAUAAGAGUUUAAAGAUGGAAGCAGUAAAAAAAGCUAAAGAGCGAUUUAGAAAGUAUCCAAUUAUCAUUGCACAGUGCCAUGAAUCUGGAGCUAAAUAUGCUGCAUGUGUAUUAGCAAAGUCUGAUUUGCAAAAAGGUGAUUGUGAAAGUGAGUUUAAGGAAUUCAAGGCAUGUCUAAUGAAAGUUGCUGCAAAGAACAAUACAAAGCUAUAA